AUGGGCUACAUCUACGGCAAUCAUACAGGAUACCGCCAAUUCAAGGGUCGGAGAACUCCCGCCACCGAGAUCCGCGAGCUCUAUGACGGCCUCCGCCAAUCCUACCUGACGGAUUUUGACGUCCUGUUAUCGGGUUACUCACCGUCGGCCGAUGUCGUCGAGACCAUCGGCACCAUUGCCCGAGACCUGAAGUACCGCUCCGCCGUUCAUCCCGGAGGAUUCUUCUGGGUCUUGGACCCGGUGAUGGGAGAUCAGGGCCGACUAUACGUCAGCGAGGACAUUGUCCCUGCGUAUAAGCAGCUCAUUAAAGAGGCCGACUUGAUUCUUCCGAAUCAAUUUGAGGCUGAACUUUUAAGCGGCGUUUCCAUUUCGAGCUUGAGCGGACUAGCCAACGCCGUGAGGACGCUGCAUGCUGUGUAUGGGACGCGGCACGUGGUGGUGACAAGUGUGCGAGUCGGUAAUUCCGCAGGACCGGUCACUGACGAAGGCAAGGCGGAGGGAACCGAGGAGAGAGGGACCUUGACUGUCGUCGGGAGCAGUAAAAGGCAAGACGGCAGUGCGAGGCUGUUCAAGGUCGAGGUGCCAAUGCUGGAUUGCUAUUUCAGUGGGACGGGGGACAUGUUUGCGGCCCUGAUGGUCGCGAGGCUGCGCGAGGCGUGCGCGCAGAUGAACCUGCUAGACAGGCCCUCGUGGAUGCCCGAUGACGCCGUCGAAGCCACUGACCUGCCCCUCGCGAGGGCCACGGAGAAGGUCUUGAACAGUAUGCACAUGGUCUUGGAGAAGACCAUGGCGGCCAGGAAUGAGGAAAUGACCCUGUUCGGCAGAAGUCCAGGCGCCAGCGUGGGAGGCGUGGAAGGGGAAGGGGAAACAGUGGGUGAGGACAAGAGGAGGUUUUUAGCCGAGAACAAGGCCGCCGAGGUGAGAGUGGUCAGGAAUGCAAAGGACUUGGUCCACCCAGAGGACCGGUACAAGGCUGAAGCAAUGGAGCUGUAA